AUGCAUCGCACGUACUCUAUGCGCCAGUCGCGCGCUCCCACAGCUUCUCAGAUUGAGAAUCCCCCGCCGCCGCCAUCUUCCACGAAGAGUGGCCGCCUCUUCGGUAAAUCAAACUUUGGCCAUGCUUUUAGGAAAGGAACUGCUGGUGCCUUUGGCCCAGAUCUCGCCAAGAAGCUCUCGCAGCUCGUCAAGAUGGAGAAGAACGUCAUGCGGAGCAUGGAGCUUGUAGGAAGAGAGCGGAUGGAAGUUGCUCAACAACUUUCCCUAUGGGGUGAAGGUUGCGACGAGGAUGUCAGCGAUGUCACUGACAAGCUCGGCGUCCUCAUCUACGAGAUUGGCGAACUCGAAGAUCAGUUCGUCGAUCGAUAUGACCAAUACCGCGUCACCAUCAAGUCUAUUCGCAACAUCGAGGCUUCCGUCCAGCCAUCCCGAGACCGCAAACAGAAGAUCACGGAUCAAAUCGCUCAGCUCAAGUACAAGGAGCCCAAUAGCCCCCGGAUCGUGGUGCUAGAACAAGAACUUGUCCGCGCCGAAGCCGAGUCACUCGUUGCCGAGGCCCAACUUUCCAACAUCACCCGCGAGAAACUCAAGGCUGCAUUCACUUACCAGUUUGAUGCCAUCCGUGAACACUGUGAAAAGGUGGCCAUCAUCGCUGGAUAUGGAAAACACCUGCUUGAGCUGGUUGACGACACCCCCGUCACUCCCGGCGAGACCCGUCAAGCAUAUGAUGGGUACGAGGCUUCCAAGGCCAUUAUCCAGGACUGCGAGGACGCCUUGACCAACUGGGUAACAUCACGAGCUCAAGUCAAGCCCAAGCUUUCCACCCGCACCCGUUCCCUUAGCCAGAGAAGAAAGAACUCGGCCAAGCGCGAAGGUGGCGUCGACCUGGCCAGUCAAGAUCAGCCUAUGAAGGACGAUCGCGAUAGCUGGGUCCCUGCUGGUCAGCAUGGCGAGUAUGAGCAAGAAGAAGAGGACGAGGAGGAAGAAGAGGAAGGCGAGGACGAGCACCAUGCCGGCACAAACGGUGAGUUCCCUAAAAGCCGAGAACACUAA